AUGUCAAAAUUCUCCCUGUCAGCCUCCCAGGGAGGUCAGAUUAUACAAGAAAGAAGGUUUGUAGAAGCAAUAAAUCGUCAAGCAUAUCAGUAUGAAAUGGGUGACUUUCCAACAGAAUGGGAAGCAUGGAUAAGAAAAAAAAGAAAUGAUCCACCUACAAUUGAGGAGAUUCUUAAGAAUGAAAAUUACAGACAAGAAAUGAAACAGAAAAUCAAAGAUGUAUCUGAAAAGGAUAAGCUGCUUCAGGCCAAGGAAUACAAGGAGGGACUUGUUGCUGAACCAGUUCAUACUCGUGUUGAAGGCCAUGCAUCAGCCCCUUACUAUGGAAAGAAAGAACCUUCGCAGGAUCCAACAAGCACUGCAAGCACCUUUCAGCCAGGUUCCUGGAUGCCACCAGACAGCAGUAGUAGUAAAAAUAAAUAA